UGAGUAUUGGGCGUGCCUGGUUGUUUACAUACAUACUUUUGAUUUGUUAUCAUGCAUCUGAAAAUAUGGUUCCUGUUUCUGGUUUUUAAUGUUUACCUGUGUAUUGGACAGGUGUAUAAUAAUUACAACUAUGUACCUGAUAAUAAAAAUAAAGAAUUAAAAUGGUGUACAGUUGGAUUUCCAGAGUAUAAAAAGUGUCAAACUUUUUCCCAUGCUGUUAGACGUGAUUCUUCCCAGUUUAAGAAUUGGUUCUUAGAUGUCAAAUGUAUCAAUGGUUCUAGUAAAGAGGAUUGUAUGUUUUUAAUCGAAGAGGAAGGAGCAGAUGUAACUGUUCUUGAUCCUGGAGAAGUUUUUAGUGCUGGCCGUUACUUUAGUUUAUUACCAAUUCUUCAGGAAGUUUAUGCUGGAAAUAGGACUGAUUAUCUUGCUGUGGCUGUAGUAAAGAAGGAUUCCUUAAGAGAUGUCACUUCUUUAAAACAUUUACGGGGCAAGAAAGCUUGUUUUGCUGGUGUUGGAACUUUAGCAGGUUGGAUCAUUCCUUUAGGACAGCUUAUGAAGCAUGGUGGCUUGGAAGUGGUCGAUUGCAAUAACCAUGUCAAAAAUGCUGUUACAUUUUUUGGACCAAGCUGUGCUGUGAAUUCUCUAAUUGACAAAUAUAACCCUAUAGGUGAUAAUUCUGAUAAAUUAUGCAAACUAUGCAUUGGAAAAGUACCAGGUGGAAAGUGCACCAAUGCUGAUCCUUAUGCUGGUUUUACUGGUGCUUUCAAAUGUCUUUUAGAAGCUGGAGAAAUAGCAUUUCUGAAACAUACAUCUGUUUUAGAAUUAACUGGUGACUCAAUGAAUUUCCCAACUGCAAAUAAAAAUGAUUUUGAAUUACUUUGUUUGGAUGGUUCAAGGAAACCUAUAGAAGAAUAUAACUAUUGCAAUUGGGGUUCUGUUCCCUCUCAUGCUGUAGUUACUUCAUCUGCUAAAAAUGUUAAAACUAGGAGAAUCUAUCAAAAAUUUUUAGAGACAGCUUUUGAGUUAUACGGUUUAUCUACAAAUAAGAGUAAACAAAUAUCAACACAGAGCUUUGAUCAAGAUCAGUAUAAUCGUUAUGAUAAUGAGAAUCAGAGAGAUCAAUUUGGAAGGGAAAUAAAUUUUAACAGAAAUGGUUUCAAUCAAUUUGAUGGGUACAGUACAAUAUCUCCCAUACAUAAUCAGACUGAAAAUAAACAUUUCUUUUUAUUUGAAUCAGUGCCUCAAUAUGGCAAUGAACAUGAUCUUCUAUUUUCGGAUGUCGUUGAACAAUUAGCAUCAAUUGGUGAAGGAGUCCAAACUUUCAAGGAAUAUCUUGGCAGAAGUUUGGAGAGCAUUUUGGAAAUUAGAAGGUGUCCUAUCAAAGCAGUUACUUUAUGUGUUACAUCUGAACAAGAAAUGGACAAGUGCCACAAGAUGCGGACAGCUUUGAAAGCCCAGUUGUUGCAGCCAGAUCUUGUUUGCUACAAAGCUCAUAAUCAUAUCCACUGUAUGCAAGCCAUUAGGAACGGUGAUGCUGAUAUAUCCGUUUUUGAUGCUGGGGACAUCUACACUAGUGGACUGCAUUACAGUCUCGUGCCAAUCAUGGCUGAGGUAUAUAAUUUAGGUGUUCCAGAAUAUUAUGCUGUUGCUGUUUCCAAAGAAGAGGAUCCUAGUACAGAAAUUACUUAUCUUAAAGGUAAAAAUACUUGUCAUGGAGGUGUAAAUACUGGUGCUGGCUGGGUCAUACCUAUGGCUUUUUUGUUAGCCAAUGGAUGGAUUAGAAGUUAUGGCUGUGAUUCUAUGAAAGCAGCUUCUGAAUAUUUUUCAAAAAUGUGCCUUCCUGGUUCACAAAGCCCAGAAUACAAUACAGGCUUACCAUAUGAUAAUAUGUGUCAACUCUGCCAUGGAACUUCCUAUAGGUAUUGUCAUCGUGAUGCUUCUGAAGAUUAUUAUGGUCACACAGGUGCUUUCAGAUGUCUAGUCGAAGGUGGUGGAGAUGUUGCCUUUGUAAAACAUACUACUAUCUCAGAAAAUACGGAUGGUAAAAGAAAAGAGUGGUGGGCUAGGAACACUCUUAAAGAGGACUUCCAACUUUUAUGUCCCGAUGGCACACGUUCAACAAUGGAUAACUAUGAACAGUGUAAUUUAGGUCGUGUGAAGGCAAAUGCCAUUGUAGCUAGAGGAGGAUAUGCUUAUAACAGAACUGAAAUAAAUGCAUACUUAAAUCUUUUUGUGUAUGCUCAACAAUUUUAUGGAAGAAAAGAUCAAGAUGAUUUUAACUUUGCUAUGUUUUCUUCUGCACCUCCAUAUGCUGAUCUCAUAUUCCAAGAUGCAACUACGCAACUUCAAGUCAUUCCUGAAGAAAAAAGAUGGUUUUCGGAUUACCUUGGAAAAGAUUUUAUGAGAGCAAAAAGGCUGGUGGAUUGUUAUGCAGGAUCAACCCAAAUUAUAGGAUCCAUGUCACUUAUCAUUUGCAUGAUGUUAAUUUUAUUCUAUUCUGAAAGCUGACAUAGAUUAGCUUUAAUUUAAUUGCUUUAAUAUAUGUUUGUUUAGUUGAGUUAAUAACAAUAACUCUGUUCAGUAACUUCUGAUAAACACAAUGAUUGCCUCAUUUAAAAUGAGAAAUGUGGAUGCCAUUCCAUUUACUUAAUAUUAUUAAAUUAAAUUAGUUUCCUCAUGUUUGUUACUCAGUUUGCCAAUAUGUAAAUCUUGUAUUUGCAUUCCUAAUUCGGAUCAUAACACUUCUAAACUUGAAGUAUAAUAAUAGAAGAUUAAAACCUUACUUACUUAACCUAUAAUAGGUUAGUUACAUCAGAUAGAUUUUAAGUCAAUGCUUAAUACAAAUCUUUUUAUAUCUAUUCAGCUCAAGGAUCUAAAAUUCAUUGUUAAUUCAUAUGUCUAUAUAAAAGCCUAAGGAAAUAAUCUGCUAGUGGAUUAUGAAAAAUUAUUGAUAUGAGUAUCCAAUUCUUGUGCUGACUGUACUCAAUCUAGUGUCUUAAAGUUGUUCUGAAGAAAAAGUUAAGCAUGGGC